UAGUACGAUUGACCUGCUCUUAUUUUUAAAGCGUUUUUAAAAGAAAUGGCGUCUGGGAAAAGGUGUUUGUUUACAGUAAUUAAUGCGAUUUUUAUGGGUUUUAUCAUAGAAAGUCAAUGUCGACUCCAUCACCUCAUUCUUAAGGAUGACAUCCGUCAGCGGGUCCAUCUGAACACAUUUGGCUUUUAUAAAGAUGGUUACAUGAUCAUUAGAAUUAACAGUCUCAGCUUUACUGAUGGAAACACGGACAACAUUGACAGCUCCACGAUUGGUUUCAGCUUAGAUCGCGCAAGCAAUAAUGGCUUCUCCACAUAUCUGGAUGAAGGUCUUGACUAUUGUCCUCUGAAAAAAGAUCCAAGCAGUAAUUUUGCAGGAGUUCUUCUCUUGCUGGACUUCAAAAGUAACAUAGUGAGGAAGAAGACUUCAGCAGAGGCAGGUUUGUUUCCCAACAUCAUACCCAUAUUGCCCAAAAACACAAAGGAAGACCUUAAGGCUGAGAAUGGGAAAGGGGUACCAGUCAAGACACCAGAUGAUGGAUCUCAGCCUGAGGCGGUUGCUAAAUCCAAGCAAGAUGUUGAGAACAAGGCAGAAGAUACCUAUACUCUUCAGAGCAAGGACCAUGUCUACUCUUUUCAGUUUUACUUCAAUGUCACAAGGGACGAACAGCAGGGCCUAUAUAACUUCUAUUUCUAUAAAUGCUACUCCGUGCCAAUAAACCAGGACAGCCCUGUUUCAGGCGUGCUGUCUUUCAGCAUUGAUAUCAACAUAGAGGAGAAAAAUCCAGACAGCUACCUCUCUGCUGGAGAGAUUCCUUUACCUAAACUUUAUAUCUGCAUGUCCAUGUUCUUCUUCCUCAUCGGCACGCUGUGGGUUCAUGUUUUGCGCACCCAUAGUGCUGAUGUUUACAAGAUUCAUUGGCUAAUGGCUGCUCUUCCAUUCACUAAGUCACUUUCCCUUAUAUUCCAUGCGAUUGACUAUUACUACAUUUCCAAUCAGGGCUUUCCUAUCGAAGGCUGGGCUGUGGUCUAUUACAUUACUCACCUACUGAAGGGGGCACUGUUGUUCAUUACUAUAGCAUUAAUAGGAACUGGCUGGGCCUUUGUCAAGCAUAUCCUCUCAGAUAAGGACAAGAAGAUCUUUAUGAUUGUCAUUCCCCUGCAGGUUCUGGCCAAUGUGGCGUACAUCAUUAUUGAGUCCACAGAGGAGGGCUCCAGCGAGUAUGGUCUGUGGAUGGAGAUCCUGUUUCUGGUCGAUCUGCUGUGCUGUGGGGCAAUACUCUUUCCAGUCGUCUGGUCCAUAAGACAUUUACAAGAGGCAUCAGCGACAGACGGUAAAGCUGCCAUCAAUCUGGCUCAACUGAAGCUUUUUAGGCACUACUAUGUGAUGAUUGUAUGCUAUAUUUAUUUCACCCGCAUCAUUGCCAGUCUCAUCAAGGUCAUUGUCCCCUUCCAGUGGAAGUGGCUCUACCAGCUGUUGGAUGAGCUGGCCACUCUGACCUUCUUUUUCUUAACCGGACACAAAUUUCGUCCAGCAUCCUACAACCCCUAUCUACUGUUGUCUGUGGAGGAAGAAGACAUGGAGAUGGAUGAUGUGGUAACUACCUCAACUGCCAUGGGAGAGGGGGUUAAGAAAGUGAAGAAAUUGUCAAAUGGGCCAUCAGAAGAGAGGGAGAGCAUGGCAUGAUGGGAUAUAAAGUUCUCUUUCGGUCCUGUGUGCCUCUGGACAUUUGGAACCAGCUGUUGGAUAUUCUUGAAGAAGAGCUUAAUAGCUUAAUGUGCAAAAUUCCCAGUGGACCUCUCAUGAUCACAUGCGAAGACACCGCGUUCAGAUCCUCAUUUAUUUUAUAUAUAUAUAUAUAUAUAUAUAUAUAUAUAUAUAUAUAUAUAUAUAUAUAUAUGCACAGACAGUAUGGAGACUUUACACCACAUGUCUCUAUUAUUCCUUAUGCCACUGUAGUUUUAAUAAAAAUGCUUGGUGCUGUGCUUUUUUUUUUAUUUUUUUUUUAUUUUACACCUUACCUUGAUAACGUGUGUGGGUUUUUAACAUUUUGUUGUUCAUUUUUAUUUAUUUAUGACUUUCCUACGCAUUGCUUGAGCUUAGACACACUGUGGCACUUUAACCUUAUCUCCAGUCAAGUGAAAGCCUCUCUGGGGUCACUGGGAUAUGUAGAAAAUGGCAGUCUUAAUGACGUCUCUUUCAGCUAUUAUUUAAAUGAUCAUUUCCUACUCUGAGUUUUCAGAAUUAAUAAUUUAUGUAAAUGCAGACCCCAGAAAACCAACAUGCAACAUAAACCAGACUAAUGAGUUACAAAGAAUAACAUGUACAGUUCUCAAGCUUAGUCAGAAAUUGAUGACAUUGCUUUAUAUUUGCUCAGUAUUUGUGGGUUAUAAAUACAGAUGACAAAGGACAUUAAUGAAAUAGAUCCAGCAAAUACAUGUAUUUCAAAUGUAUCAAAUAUGUUGAUUAAAAUUAUUUCAGGGACCUUGUAAUUUAUUGUUGUAAUGUAAUGGAGGAUUUUAUUUUGAUGUAUAAUAUUUUGCUUAUUUUCAGAUAUCUUUAAGCAAGCUUUAACAAAUUGUGUUUCAGUAUUAAAUUGUG